AUGCCAAUUGAUCAAGAAAAGUUAGCCAGAUUGCAAAAAUUAUCCGCCAAUAAUAAAGUUGGUGGUAUUAGAAGAAAGCAAGUCAAUUCCUCUUCCAAAGGUCAAUCUAAAGAUGAUACGAAGUUACAAAGCCAAGUUAGUAAAUUAAAUAGUGUCAACAUUAGAGAUGUUGCUGAGGCUAACUUCUUUAAAGAAGAUGGUACUGUUUUGCAUUUUGACACAGUUGGUAUUCAAACGGCCCCACAACACAAUACCACCGUUUUUUAUGGUACUGCCAAAGAAAAACAAUUACAAGAUUUAUUUCCAACUAUCAUUCCACAAAUGGGUCAAGAUUCUAUUAAUGCUUUGACUCAAAUGGCCAAUCAAAUUAAGGACAUGCAGGAAAAGGAGAAGUCUACUGCCGGUCAAGACGCUAAGGAGGGUGAUAAAAAAGAGGAAGAUGGUAUUCCAACCUUAGUUGAAGGCCAAACUUUUGACGAUGUUGAAUGA